UGUUUUUAUUUAUUUUAUUUUUAUCGUCGGAAAGGAGAAGCAGCGGCCGAGAUGCCGGCCAAAACCCCCAUGUAUCUGAAAACCUCCACCCCCAAGAGGGGUAAGAAGACUAAGCUGCGGGACAUGCUCUCGCGGGAGAUGAUCAGCCCCCCGCUGGGUGAUUUCCGGCACAGCGCCCACAUCGGGCUCGAUGGGGAGGGGGGCAUGUUCGGGGAGCUGUCCUUCCUCCAGGGCAAAUACGAUCUUCUCCCCAACUUGGGCCACAAGCUGGCGAUUCAGAGCGCGGACGCCGGCCUGGACGGGGAUCUCCGCUCCGGCCCUGAAAGCUAUCGCCCCUUCUUAAAGAACGCCGUGUCCCUUCCGGCUUUUGGUGACUCCCAGCAUAAGGAGAGGGCGCCUCCGAAGCCUCCGCGCCUGCACCUGGAGGAGACCCCCAGCCAGCGCUCGAUGUCCGUCAGCUACGGGGAAGGAGGUUUCCACAGAGAAGAAGACUUGUCCUUUUCCACCAUCUCUCAAGACGAGCACAGCAGGUUUCUGGCGGCUUCCAUGAGCUCGUCCGAUGGAUCCAUCAGUGAAUGCGGGGGGGAAAGUCGUGGCCAGGAGUCUGAGGAAGCCCACCACGCGAGAGGGAGUCCACGCGCUCGGGAACAAAGCCUCACGAAAUCCGACUCGCUUUUUGGCCUGGAGCUGGACUUGGGACCCUCCAUUCUAGACGAGGUCCUGAGGAUAAUGGAUGAUUACAAGGCCUAAGGACAGCGGGAGUGUUGGGAAGUUGUGUAAAUAUACGUUAUUUAUUAUUAUCAAAACCCACAAUCUGUUUAU